AUGCGGAAUAAUUUUUUCAUUCUUUUCGAUUACGUAACUACAGCCUCUCCACCAUAUUACUUUUUGCAUGUUAUAUUCAGUAUUUGGAGAAUUCUUCAAUUUUUUGGACCUUCUUUUUGCACACGCUAUUAUAGUUUUUGGGGUAAAGACACAACAAUGUCAACAGUCAAUGAUGUUCUAUCAUUCUUCUUUUCCAUUGUUCCAGCAUCAUUCCAUGAUGUUGCCACUCCAUAUUUCAUGUUAAUCUUUAGUUGCCUAUUUAUUGUCUUCUACAUUUUCAUAAUAAUUUGUGCGCAAGUCUAUUCAAAGCAAGCUAAACUUCCCAAAGUUGUUCCUCCGAUCCUAACUGUAUUCUUUGGUACAGCUGGUUAUAUUUUGCCUCCUAUUGCCUGUGAAAUGGCAGCAGAAACCAUCGGGAGAAUGAUAUACAACAAACAUGAAUACGUAAAUGCUAUGAAUAUCAUUGGAAUUAUCUUAGUUGUGUUUACAGUUUCGGUUUAUGUUUGGCUUGUUGCGGCAAUAUACUCUGUAACCAUUACGUUUAGGCCCGAUUCGUUACAAACGAUAGUUCCUUCCGUACAGGUUAGUGUCAUUUUGGUAACUCUAACCUUAUAUACAAUUACAGGAGUUGCAUCAGAACUUUCUUUAUAUCCAAGAGUAGUUUUUACAUUGCUUGGUGCAGUAGUAUAUCUAUCAACACUGUUCGCUACAAAUCAAUACGGUGGCUUCGUAGUUAUUGGAUAUAAGAAAGCAAUUUUCGCUUCUUCGAUUUCUGGCAUCAUUCUUUUAUGCAUUUGUGUUAUUUUCGAGCUCGUUAAUACUCAUGGCAAAGAAUAUGUCAUACUUGCCAUAUUAGCUUUGUGGAUAAUAAUUUAUUUCGUUUGUAACUUUUAUUUAGAACAUGAAACAAGCAAAUCAUUAAUAAUACUUGAUGAAAUUGAAGAAUCUCCUGAUAGAUUCACCGAACUCAUCAAAUCGAAAAAUCAUUUUUCGAAUGUCGUCAUUGCAGGCUUCAGAUAUGCACAUCCAUUAUGUUUAUCAUGGAAAAUAUACAAAGCAGGCAUAGAACAUUGGCCAAAAGACAUAAAAAUAUGGUUAUCAUUUUCUAAAUUCAUUGCAAUUUAUCCUGCAGAGACACAACAACUAGAUUGGGUAGCAAACAACAUCAUGCAGAACAAACUGAAAGGAUCUUUAGCUAAACACACUCUCCAACAGAUCCAAACAAUCAUUAGACAAAGAGAAGCCAAUUUAAUUCCAGAAUUAAAAUCAAAAUUGGAUAAAAUUGGAAAACAAGUUCAAGCAACUAAACACAAAGUAAGAUAUAUCUGGGAUUUAAUCAUCCAAGGAAAUGUCCAUGAAUUGGAAAGUGUUGUACACAGAGCAUAUAUAGCUAUUGAUAAUUGUGAAGCUGAAUUCCAACACUUAAUUCGCAUGUUUCCUAAUUCAAGAUUCGUUGCGAGAUCUUAUUCGAGAUUUUUAAGGGAUGUUGUUGCUGAUUUUGCAGAGUAUAAUAAAUGGAAACAGAAUGUUAUGUUGUUACAAAGAGGUGUAUCUGUUAUUCCUGAUCAAACUCAUGAGUUUGGUUUAAGAGCAUUUCCUUUAUUACCUCAAGUAAUUGAUUAUUCAGAAGAUGAUCAAAUGAAUGCGAAUAUUUUGACAGAAAAUACUUUGACACAAGAAAUUGAACCAGAAGACGAACACCUUGAAACUGAUACUGAUUUAAGAAUGUCUGUACGUGAAUCUAUCAAUGAUUUAUCAAUUCCCGCUUAUAGAACUGCAAGAAUUGUUUUCAUUCUGUUGUUUUUGAUUUGUUUCUUACUUCCUGUUGUUGUUUUGGCAGCAAUUAUUCCUAAGAAUAUUCAAAGCAUUACAAAACCUCUCAAUUUCAUGGAAAAGAUUUCAUACAUAAGAGCACAGAUUUUCCAAGUUGUUGGAUUAACACAUCAUUUAAUUGUUGAAGAAGUUGCUUCUAUGCCUCCUCUACAAUUAUAUGAUGAACCUGCUCCUGUUCAUUUUGGAGGAACAGCUGAUACAAGAAAACAACUCAAAUAUGUUACAGAUUUAUUAGUACAAAGAACACAAGAUUUGAGUGAAGUGAUGUCAUUCAAACCAGGUAAUGAAAACAUGGAAAAAGUUAGAGGAUACAUGUAUAAGAAUGACGUGAAAUUCACAACUUAUACAAAUGAUCCAACACAGCCAGGAACAACAGAACAAGUAUCUGUACAACAUGGCAUUAUGCAGUUCAGUGUUUUAGUUACAGAUCUUCUUAAAAAAGAUCAUUUCGAAAACAGAACAUUGAGUGAAAGAGAAAUUGUCACAAUUAUUUCAAAUACAAGAGUUUUGACUGAAGAUUUAAGUGCAGCUUUGAAAUAUUUGACAAAAUAUAUCAUCGAAACUGAUGAUUCAUUAAUCGAAUUAACGAAAUAUAUUAUGAUAUUUGGAUCUGCAUUUAUUUUCAUUGUUUAUAUGAUUGCCGCUUAUUUCAUUGUCAAAGAAAUUGCACAUGAUAAAAUGGCAAUUUACAGAGCAAUUGCAAGUCUUCCUAAAUAUGUUGUAAGUCGUGUUGCUGAUUCAUUUAAAGUACUAAAGAAAGAUGAAUCAAAUAAUUCGAAGUCUAUCAAUUCUACAACGAAAGACGACGAACUCAACAAACAAGAAGAAAACAUGCUCAAAAUAUUUUCAACAUCAAGUGAAUCUGAUUCUUCUUCAACAUCAGAUUCAAUAACAAUUAUCGUUUGUGUCACGUUUUUGAUGUUAACAAAUAUUGCUUCCAUAUGUGUUUUAGGCAGUUUUAUUAUCAAAAUCGGAAAAGCCAUGACAUUAAGUAGUCCACAAAUCGAUUACAUGAUGGCUGCUUAUAUGUUUGAGUUCAGUAGUGUUGUUGCAAUGAAUUUGGCUGCUUGUCAUUUUUCUGGUUAUGGAGUUGCAAGAUAUAAUGGAGAACAACUAUUAAAUAUUGCUCAAGAAUGGCAGAAUAACGGUAUAAUUAAUUAUAAAGCUGUUAGAUACGGAAAUUCCACAUUAAAUGUACAAGCUUUCUCUAUUAUGACAAGUGAAGAAUUAGCAGGAGUUCCUCCUGAACAUUGCGUUUUUGGAGAAAAUCCAAAGAAUUCUCAUGAUGUCUACAGAUGUUGGAAUCCUGAUUUGUUGACAACUUACGUACAAACGGAGAUCAAAUCAAUGAUCUUUAAAUAUAAGAAUGAAAAGAUUCCUAUAUACGCAAAUGACACAAGAUUAACUCAAUUGUGGCAUGCCCAUAUUAUACAUUUGUUUGAAAUGUAUUAUAACGAUUUGUUCUCUAAGAUUGUACCGAAAAUGACUGUCUCUUUGAACAAGGAUAAGCCAGCAAUCAUAGGAGGUGCUUUCGCUAUUUUGUUUGUUGGUUUAAUUUUCGAAGCAGUAAUUUUGGGACUUUUAAGUAGUUCUGAAAAUCGUCAAAAAUUUGCUUUGAGAUUGUUAUUGCAUUGUCCAGGAAAUAUUGUUAUAACUAACCCAUAUUUGGCACAGCUUUUAGCAGGAAACUUCAAAGACAGAAGGAACGAAACAUCAACAGGUGAUGCAGAGUUUUAUGAAGUUUUAGUUAAAGAUAUGCCUGAUGCAAUUUUGAUGUUGGAUAUGACAGGAAAAAUUUUAUCUUCUAACAAUUCAAUUGAGAGAAUUUUCGGUAUCAAAAACGAAGAUAUUGUUAAUCAUUCUGUUAUUGAAUUUGGAAAUGAUUUUAGAAAUGGAAAUCCAUUCUCUUUGAUCGAAACAAAGAAACAAUUGACAAGUGAAGAUGAUUUCGAAGUUUGCCAAGUCUACAAGAAGAAGGAUGAAAGCGAAGUCCAUGUCAAUCUUACAUUCACUGUUUUGAACCAAAACAUUAUUGUUACAAUGAGAGAUGACACACAAACAGUGAUGUACAAUAUAUUGAUUCAAGAUGAACGUACAAAAAGUGACAGAAUGUUAGCAUCAAUUUUGCCACCGAGGUUAGUUGUAAGAGUUCAAGCCGGAGAAAAGAAUAUCAACUUCGCAGUACAAAGUAUUACUGUUGUAUUCAUGGAUAUCGUUAGUUUUACUCCUUGGUGUGGAAGUUUGCCUGCAUCAACUGUUAUGGCGGCUUUGAACAGAAUUUUCAAAGAAUACGACUCAAUUUGUGCCAUGCAUACAACAAUGACAAAGAUUAAAUGCAUCGGUGAUUGUUAUAUGGGAGCAGGAGGUAUCUUUGCUGAUGUUAAUCAACCUGCUUUGCAUGCAAAAGAUGUCGUUGAAUUCGGUUUGGAAUGUAUCGAAGGUUUGGAAAGAGUCAAUGAAGAAAUCAACCAGAAAUUGCAGAUAAGAGUUGGUGUAAACACUGGUGGUCCUAUUGUUGCUGGUGUUUUGGGAACAGAUAAGCCAACAUUCGAAAUACUUGGCCCUGCAAUUAACAUGGCCCAACAAAUGGAACAUCACGGUGUUCCAAUGAAAGUUCACGUAAGCAGAGCUGUCUAUGAAUUGAUUUACGGCGGACCUUUUGAUAUCAAAGAGAGAGGUGAAGUCGAAAUUAAGAAUGGCCCUGUAGUUACUUAUCUCAUUGAAAAGAAGAAGAAUUAA